GAAGACCUCGCGCCUCUUUGUAUUACAGUCUACACUGACUUCGCGGCUUCAACUCUCGCAGGAGGUGCGCUCAGCCUCAGACUCUUUUUGAUUUGCUCGAUCCAUGGCCAACAAUCCUUCACAGCUACUCCCCUCGGAGUUAAUCGACCGAUGUAUAGGGUCCAAAAUAUGGGUCAUUAUGAAAGGCGACAAGGAGCUCGUGGGUACUCUCAGGGGAUUCGAUGUUUAUGUCAACAUGGUUCUCGAAGACGUCACUGAAUAUGAGAUUACUGCUGAGGGAAGACGGAUAACAAAGCUGGAUCAGAUUCUACUCAAUGGGAACAAUAUUGCUAUUUUGGUCCCUGGUGGAUCCCCGGAUCCAGAAUAAGUUCGGAUGGGUGUGGCUGAAUACGAAUAGCCAUAUACUUUUGGUUGGGAAACUUUGUACCAUUUUAUGAGUUGGCUCCCAGCAACCCCCAAGGUUUUAUUUUCUGUAUGACCCUUAACCUUAUAACUAUCAUGUAUUUUGAUUUAAGUAAAGCGAUUUACCUUUUAGAUUCACUGCUUA